AUGAAUCGCUGGAUCUCGGUCUGCCGUUCGGAACAUGGGAAAUGCUCUGCCUGGUCCUCUUCCCACGAGGGCGAGCGCCACAUGCCGGCCCGAGUUCUAGACGUCGCUAAUGAUGCUAUCCGCUUGUAUCUGCCCGAGGACUCAGCCCGGGAUGAGUACAUCGCCCUCAGCUACUGCUGGGGAAGCGGAAACCCCUACAAAACAACCACAUCCAAUAUAGAGGAGCAUUUGAAAGAAAUUUCCAUCUCGGCGCUCCCUCUUUCUCUCCAGGAUGUAGUCCGGUUGACGCGGAAGGUCGGAUUCAGGUACCUCUGGAUUGACGCCUUAUGUAUCAUUCAAGACGACUAUGACGAUUGGCUCCGAGAGGCGUCCAAGAUGAAGGCGGUAUACAGCCAGGCAUUCCUCACCAUAUCGACGGAUAUGCUCGCAGAUACGACCGCCCUAUUUCUGGACGUACACCGUAAUCUUGAGCGUAUGUGCCGGCCUUCCUCGAGCGAAGAGCCAGAAAACAUCUACGUGGUCCCGACGUUUCGCACCUUCGGAGACCAGAUCAAGAUGAGCCCCCUCGCCAAACGAGGCUGGACCUUUCAAGAGCGGGCAUUGAGCUCAAGAAUCCUCCACAUCGGGCAGGAGUCCAAUUACUGGGAGUGCAAAGAG